AUGCCGGCGGCCAACAUGCUGGAGAGCCGGCAUCCGCCCGCCCUGCAGGUGCCCGAGCCUCAGGGCGCGCCCGAGGGCAGCCCGCUCUGGUCCAGCUCGUCGACCCCCACGCUCCGCCGCCGGCGCUUCAAGAUGCGCCGCAUGAAGAACGUGCGGGAGCAGAGCUUGGAGGCCGGGCUGGCCCGGGACCUGCCCGGCGUCUUGGCCCCCGGCAAGGAGUUCCUGCAGCUGCCGUCCAUCGAGAUCACGCCCUCCAGCGACGAGGACACCCCGUGGUCCAACUGCUCCACACCCAGCGCUUCCCCGCGCCGAAAGCGCUUUCUCCUCCGCAAGUGGCUCAGGGUGAGGGAGCGGAAGGAGUGCAGCGAAAGCAGCAGCCAGCAGAGUAGCCAGCAGAGCAGCCACGACGAUGAUUCCAGCAGGUUCCUGAGUCCUCGAGCACGGGAGGAAAGCAGGGGGAGCCCUGGGAGACCCGCACUCGCCUCCUGGGAAGAAGCACCAGGCAAGGGGAGACGCCCCCUGACUCAACCUGAUGCCAAGCAGAGAUCAUGGAGCCGGCUGAUAUGGCGACAGCAAAGCACUGCCAGUAACUCAAACCGCAGCACGCCGGCCUGCUCCCCCAUCCUCCGGAAACGGUCUCGCUCGCCAACCCCGCAGAGCCCGGACGGAGACACCAUGGUGGAGAAGGGCUCAGACCACUCCUCGGACAAGUCCCCGUCCACGCCAGAACAGGGCGUCCAGCGCAGCUGCUCCUCGCAGUCCGGCCGGAGUGGCGGCAAAAAUUCCAAGAAAAGCCAGAGUUGGUAUAAUGUAUUAAGCCCAACGUACAAGCAGAGAAAUGAAGACUUCAGAAAGCUCUUUAAGCAACUUCCGGACACGGAGCGCCUCAUUGUUGAUUACUCAUGUGCACUCCAAAGAGACAUUCUCCUUCAGGGCCGACUCUACCUCUCUGAAAAUUGGAUCUGCUUCUACAGCAACAUCUUCCGCUGGGAAACUCUGCUGACCGUCCGUUUGAAAGACAUCUGCUCCAUGACUAAAGAAAAAACAGCCCGCCUCAUUCCCAAUGCCAUCCAAGUUUGCACUGACUCAGAAAAGCACUUUUUCACUUCAUUUGGGGCCCGGGAUAGGACGUAUAUGAUGAUGUUUCGUCUCUGGCAGAAUGCGCUCCUUGAGAAGCCCCUGUGUCCCAAGGAGCUCUGGCACUUCGUUCACCAGUGCUAUGGGAAUGAAUUGGGCCUUACCAGUGAUGAUGAGGACUACGUGCCCCCUGAUGACGACUUCAACACUAUGGGCUACUGUGAGGAGAUCCCCGUGGAAGAGAAUGAAGUGAAUGACAGCUCGUCCAAAAGCAGUAUCGAGACCAAGCCAGAUGCCAGUCCUCAGCUUCCCAAGAAAUCCAUCACCAACAGCACAUUGACAUCCACAGGAAGCAGUGAAGCCCCCGUCUCGUUUGAUGGCUUGCCCCUGGAAGAGGAGGUGCUGGACGGUGACGGGUCCUUGGAGAAGGAGCUUGCCAUCGACAACAUCAUCGGGGAGAAGAUGGAGAUCAUCGCUCCUGUGACCUCCCCUUCGCUGGACUUCAAUGACAACGAGGACAUUCCCACCGAGCUCAGUGACUCUUCUGACACCCACGAUGAAGGGGAGGUCCAGGCCUUCUACGAGGACCUGAGUGGCCGGCAGUACGUGAAUGAAGUCUUCAACUUCAGCGUGGACAAGCUCUAUGACCUGCUGUUCACCGACUCGCCCUUCCAGCGGGACUUCAUGGAGCAGCGACGGUUCUCCGAUAUCAUCUUCCAUCCGUGGAAGAAGGAAGAGAACGGCAACCAGAGCCGAGUGAUUCUCUACACCAUCACCCUCACCAACCCCCUGGCUCCUAAGACCGCCACUGUCAGGGAGACGCAGACCAUGUACAAGGCGAGCCAGGAGAGUGAAUGCUACGUGAUCGACGCUGAGGUCCUCACGCACGACGUGCCCUACCACGACUACUUCUACACCAUCAACCGCUACACGCUCACCCGCGUCGCUCGGAACAAGAGUCGGCUCAGGGUCUCCACAGAGCUGCGCUAUCGAAAACAGCCAUGGGGGUUGGUGAAGACCUUCAUCGAGAAGAACUUCUGGAGUGGGCUGGAGGACUACUUUCGCCACCUGGAGAGCGAGCUGACCAAAACGGAGAGCACCUACCUGGCCGAGAUGCACAGACAGUCCCCCAAAGAGAAGGCCUGCAAGCCCUCGACAGUGCGGAGGAGGAAGCGGCCCCAUGCCCACCUGCGUGUGCCUCACCUGGAAGAGGUGAUGAGCCCAGUCACCACACCCACUGAUGAAGACGUGAGCCACAGGAUCAAACACGUGGCAGGUUCCACGCAGACACGGCAUGUCCCCGAGGACACCCCUAACGGCCUCCACCUGCAGAGCGUGUCCAAGCUGCUGCUGGUUAUCAGCUGUGUUCUGGUGCUGCUGGUCAUCCUUAACAUGAUGCUCUUCUACAAACUCUGGAUGUUGGAAUACACCACCCAGACCCUCACUGCCUGGCAGGGUCUGAGGCUCCAAGAAAGGGGUCUGGGAGCACAGGAGAGUCCACUGAGCAUAACUCCAGCUGCCAGGGUACCCCUUCUUCUACCCCACAGGUUACCCCAGUCUCAGACAGAAUGGGCCCAGCUCUUGGAAUCCCAACAAAAGUACCACGAUACUGAGCUCCAAAAAUGGAGGGAGAUCAUCAAAUCCUCAGUGAUGCUUCUUGACCAGAUGAAGGACUCUCUCAUCAAUCUUCAGAACGGCAUCAGGUCCCGUGACUACACAUCAGAAAGUGAGGAGAAGAGGAGCCGCUAUCACUGACCAGGCAGGAGCAGGGGUGGCUGCAAGAGGCCUGUGCAAUACGUGUACAUAGACCAUAUAAAUAUAUAUAUAAAUAUAUAUAUAUACAGAAUAUAAAUAUAUAUAUAUUAUAUACAGAUUUUAAAAAGAGAUAAUGCCUAUGUACCAGGGAGAAGGAGCGGGACAGCCUCCUGUGCUGGCCAGCGGAGGGGCCGAGGAGGGCAGGGACCACCUCUCCGCACGACCUCCCCUGAUCCUCCUCCUCCCCAUCCCUCCCCCCAUCCCCAACCCUUUCCCUCGCUGGCCAUUCUUGGCUCUGAGAAGGGAAAUGUUGUUGAGCCAAAGUUAUGCCUGUGAAGACCCUGGGGUCUCGAAGUCUCAAGGGGGCAUUGCUUAAGGUGCUUCAUUCCCCAAUCCUCUUUUGAUUUGUUCCCAAAAUAAAAGAGAAUCUUUUCUUCCCUACCCCGCGCUUCCCCAGGUGCUCUCUUGUGAAUAGGAAGCAUCCAAGGCUGGAGCCCAAUCUAAACUCUGCCACCUGAGGCCACGCCCCCUUUCUACGGACACCACGCCCCCAGCGGGUGGAGGGUUGGAGGGCUGGGAAGGCUGCACCUGCGUGAUUGGGCUUUGUAGCUGAAGGCUCCUCUGGGGAUCUGUGUUCUAAAGGGUAUUCUUCUCCAUCACCCCUGCACCUUCCCCUAACCUGUGUAGGGUGUGGUUCCAAUAAGGGCUGGGAAUUUCUUACCUUCCCACCCCCCUUCUCUCUGGUCUUCUCCCAGGCUGGAUCUGGGUGAAGUGUCACUUUUUAGUGCCUAAAGCCCUACUUUUUCUCUGUGCCCUAAGAGCACACAUUGUUUAUUAGCCAGGAUGGAGCAUUUUUGAUCUUGUUAAACCCCUUUUUAAGUGGUUAUAAGCAAGGCAGGCCUGUGGCUCUAAUUCUUUCACUUUGAGCUGUCCGUUUGAUUUCCGGGAUGAAUCGGGGUGCCCUUGGGAUGUCCAGGGUUUGGGAGAGUGAGCUCCCUCACAUUGUACCGAUUGUGGGUUCACAAGGAAUGCUGUCUAAGUAAUGAGCACCAACAUGUAGGUGCUCACUUGGCUGCCAGUAUUGUUUAAGGGAAGAGCCAACUUUAGUCAAGGGAGACACCGGAGAUAUUCUGCACAAGGAAGGACACCUAGGCUUUUGGAAGGAAUGCCUUUGGUAAAAAGGUGCAUGUAUUUGUGCAGGAAAAGGCCUGAUUGAGUCUCUGCCCUGUGAAGGCCAUUCCAGAUCCUGUUUCUCAGACUUAUGAGUGUUCUGGUCAAGGGGGCAAAGCCCUCUCUGGUCUCUGGCCCCAGGGAGGUGUGAGAUCACUAAGGAGGAGAAAGAUCUUUGGUUAGGAAACUGAGUCAUCCGGGACCAUUUUGGAGUUGGUUUACUAGACUUGCAUUUAUCUGACCUCUGUCUGACCCCAUCAGGCCCUUCUAGGCAUGAUGACCAUUUUUUAUUCACUAACUGAUGUUCUAACAUAUAAUGACCAGAGGGAUCCUGCCAGCCCCAGGCAGAGCUCACAGCCCUUGUCAGGAAAGGACUGUACCAGCUGGGCAAGGAAGGUUCUUCCAGAUUGCUCAUUAUUCUCGUGGGCCUCUUGAUGCAAGGGGCAGAAGGAAAGAAGGGUUUCUCACUGAUGUGGCCCCAAAGAAGGGAAAGUUGUGUUCUUCUCUUGGAAUGGCCGGAGCAUCCCACUUUCACAAUUAAAGACAACUUUUUAUCUCAGAAUAUAGCCUUAUGGCCCUAAGGGCAGGAGGAGAAGACAAAAAGAUACAUGCCCCAGAGGAGUAGGCUGAGAAACCUCCACAGAACCAGCUAGAAUUGAUAUCUCUCCUCUAGAAAAGGAGACGUGAGGGAUGGAGUUGAACGUAAUCCUUGGGAAGGGUGCAUGGGCCCACAGGUCCGUGGGUCACCACUCAUUCUUGUCCAGAACUUUGAAUGGGAGACACCCUGGUGAGGGUCAGGGCACAUGGGCUCCAGGCCAAAGAAGGAGGAACAGUGCAGGCUGCUAGAAGUGUUCCUGUUACAGGGGCCAGAAGCCAGAAUUCAUCUCAGAAACUUUUGAAAGCAAACAUGGUAAAUUCUCUAAUUUAUUCCAUAAAUAUUUAUUUAAAUUUAUUCAGUUGUUGAAGGUCCCAUGGUGGGACCUUUGGGGUGACUUACGAAGGGUCCUCUGCUGGGAGUGAAGUAAUACAGCUGGGCCUGGCUACACAGAGUUGGGAUGUUCAGCUUCUGCUUUACCUCUUCAGCCACUCCCGGGAGGCGGAGGGGAGAGGGAGGCAUUUAGUAUGGUCCGAGGAAUUGUCAUGAUUUCUGAGAGUGUGAGCCCAGGAGACAAUGUCUCCACCCAGGCAGCGUCUCUCAGCCUGCCUCGUUCCUAGGACCAUGGAUCUCUGGCGGGCUCUCUCUGAUCUGAUAAUCUUUUAAACUUUCAAACCGGGAGAAAGCCCAACACCUCUGUUCACUCCCAAACAAAAGCUUUCCCCUUGUAUUCACUAGCCUGUCAAAGAGAAGGGAUGUGUCUUACCCUCGCAGAGGAGUCUGGGAGUGACUGAUACAUAACGUUGCGACUCAAAGCCAGUAGCUUUGCUUGUAGCUGUCUACCUGGGAGCAUCAAAACUACCACCCUUUAUGUUAUUUCUUCCAGCCAGUGUUUGUUUUUUUGUUCCCGGGAGAACUCUGGUCACAUAGGAGUCUUUCUGUGAGGAUUCCUGUGGUAACAGUUGAGAGCUUACACUCAAAGAUUUUGCAGUUUCUAACCAGUGGAAAAUAGCGACAGGGUCUGUGCUUCCACUACAGGAAGGAAUUAAGAUUGGUCUCCGAGAACCCGCUCAGGUCUGCAAGUCCUCUCUCCUUCAUCCACUUCCUGGGGACCAGGGCAGCGAGACCAGCACCUUGAAGCUGUCUGCAAGGGCACUGGGCUAAGUCCGGAGACCUGGGCAUGAGUCCUCUUGGACAAGUCCCUUUCCCUCUCUGAACAUCAGCAUCCUCAUUUGUAACAGGAAGGGAGGUAGGCUAGACUGUCUCAAAGAUAGGUUCUAGCUGGGCAUUGUCCUCGAGGCUGGGUCAGAGACCGGCAAGGCAGGGCUGUCAAAUGUGGAAUGUGCUCUGUGAGAAGAGAGCCAGCAUUCUGGGCUAGAACUUCCCUGGAGUUUAGAGGAGUUGUAGGACAGCAUCAGGAUUCCCAAGAAAUCCAGGGUAGUUAAACUUUCUUCCUUAUGGGCUGGCAGGACUAGGGAGGCUUAGCAAGGUAGCGAGGCGAAGAUCAGGUUUGUCGUAUUUCCCAGUAUUAACCUAGGAGGGUGUUUCCUCCUUCGUUGGCUUAGUCUUAGUUUGGGAAGGGACUCUGUCUAAGCUAGGAGAAGGAGAAUGGCAAGAAGGGCACCAUCUUGGUUGAGCUCAUCUUUCAUCUCUAGGCUGUGAAGCCUUGCAUCUGUCCAUCCUUCCUCCUCCUUGCUAGAAGAAACUGUGGAGAGAAGCCAUUCUGGCCCUAGCACUUCUCUUUUGGCUCAGUCCAGACCUUUCUGGGGUUCAGAUUAAUUGUGAAGCUUUGGAUAAAAUCCUUGGGUUGCCUUAGGGCACUGACCCUAAGAGUCUGGAAUUUCGGGAAGGGUUCCGGGGAUCAAGAAACCUCAGAGAGGAAUGCUUUGCUGGAAAUGGCUUCUCUGUGUCCCUGUCCCUGACCCAAGCUUGGGCCAUGUCUAAAUCAUUUGUGGGCAGCAUUUCUAGGGUGAAAUCCUAUAGAAAGAACCAGGGGAAGAAUCUUUCUGGACUAUCUGUGGGCCCAGAAGGAUGCUUUCUGUGCCAUACUGUGCUCUGUAGGGCAGCCAAAGUCAGCCCUUCCUCCCUAGGGCCCCCAGGCGCCAGGGCUGUGGUCUCCCUUCUCACACCCCUAGACCCCACCUCCCCACUCCAGUAGGAAACUUGAGAACCUGACUUCCUGACUCUCUCCUCCCCCACCCCUUGUCUCUAGGCUGUGGGACAAUUAUCCCAUUCACCACUUGACAUCCUUGACCCUCAUCCCCUAGCCUCCAGCAGGCUGGCCCCACUCCCUCCACCUCUGUUUUCUUCCAGAAGAUACGUUUUUGGGUCCAAGUGGAGCGUUUCUCUGGAAGGUCAUCUUUUAAUGCCCCUGCUUCCCUGAUGUGGAGCAGGGAUUUGCACAAGGUGUAGAGAGCUCCCUCCCCACCUCUCUGCCCAGCCUUGUUACCUCACUCCUGCUCCAGCCAUGGCUGCGAUAGGCCCAGCCAGCUCCCUGUCUUGGUGUUCUGUAUGACAGCUCAGGGGUCUUGGGCAUUGUUUUCUGUUGUGACUUGAAGUCCUCAGCAGGCCUAGGAGCCUGAAUUGGAGCCUUGGCUGCUGGCGAGAAGCACCUUGCCUCCCAAGAGGAGCUGAUGCCAGACGAUCUACCGGACAUGUGAAAGCGUAUGAAGAAUAUUGUCAUCUCUGCCUCUUGGCCCCCUUGGCUUCUCUCAACACAGUGAGACGCUGCAGAAGCAAAAGGGCGGCCUCUGCUCCAGGCAAGACUGCUGCUGUCUAGGGAGUUGGCCCUGGGCUUGGAUGCCACGUGUGGAGAUUGCAUAACAAAAGCAGCCAUAUUUGCCAACAGUAGUGUGUGGCUCCCCACAUUUCCCUACCCUGCACUCUAGGGCCAGACCACUCUCUGCAUGGACCAGAUCAUCUUCCCAAACCCAUGGUGCUUUUCCCCCCACUCAGCCUAGACUUCAAGGUGGGGAGGAUGGGUCAGAGGCCAUCACUAUGGCCCCUGGAUAAUCCUGACAAGGGGUGGAGUCGGGUGAGGCAGAGGGAACAGCCCCCAACAUCUGCACUGGGCCAUAUAUGGGAAAGAACCCAGGUUGAUUGCAGUCGAGUUGUCUGGCCAUCUGUAUUUGGAUCUAUAACUGUACUUUGCCUGGCGCUGUGCGCAAGGUAUGAAAACUUAACUGCUAUUACCUAGAAACCAUACACGGCUUCCCAGCCAAAUCUUAAUGUAAAGUAGCUAGAGCCAUGGAAGUACAGUAUGAAUUAAAAGAAAAAAGUACUGAACUACAAAUAA